ACUAAACUAGAUAAUAUAACCUUAAAGAUUUACAGGAUAAGGCAGUAUAUGAAUUUAUACAUUUGUAGGAAACAUUUAUUGUCUAUCAAAAUUUGCAUAAAAUUACAAGUGUUUUGUUAUAUAAUAAAACAAAUAUAAUGAAAAUGAUAUUUCAAAUUACUGUGUAAUAUAUGUGCACUAUUCAUUUCUGAUUUGUUCUUAAAAUAAGUGUUGAAUUAUAUCCUUUUUGUAGUCACUAAUUUAAUUGUACAUUAUAUAGAUUUUCAAAUUUUGUUAAAUAAUUAAUUAUAUCUGAACAGUAUUAAGUAAAGUUUUAAUUUUAUUGAUAAAAAAGAAAGCUAUUAAUCUCUGCAUCAUGUCAGUCACAAAGGAAUUACCAGAACUACAAAUCUUCAAAACAGUAUUAUUUCACUGUGUAGUAAUAAUAGCCUUACCUGUGCUAUCAUUCUUUACUAGCAAAAUUUUUAUUUUUGAUGGUUUAUUGGGGCUUAAUAAUGUACCAAGCAACGUCUAUUCAGCUGGAGUUGCUAUUCUCGUGUUACACGUGGCUCUGGGAGCUUUUAUAUAUCGUGCAUACUUCGACGAUCAAUCGAAGACACAAACUAAGCGAGAUUAAACAUUUGUUUUACAUAUAUAUGUAAUUAAGUACAUCUUCUUGAUAACACAUUUAUUCGCGUAUACUCAUCGAAAGAAGGAUGUUACAUUGUAUUGCAUUACAUUCUGCAAUUCAUAUAUUUCCUUGUCAAAGUUUAGGUAAUAUUUUUUUAUUGAAUACUGUGAACUAUGUAAAUGGCGAGUAUAUUCUAUACUUGUAUCAAUUAGUGAAACAUAAUUACUAAAUAAAAAGCAAUGACAUUCCCACACAAAA